GUUACCUAAGCGCUUUCUGAGACAUGCGAUCGGGCCAUUUUCCACUCAGCCCCCUUUCUAUUAAAGAAGAAAAUCAGGAAAAUCAGCGGGGAAGCUAAACACACAAACGCUGCCACAUUCGAAAGAGGACGCUCAGAAGAAGAAGCAAAAAACAACAACAAACGCCUUCCGCACGCGGAUUAUACAGAAUCUGCGGCGCGUGCACACUCCCCCUCUCUGUCCUUGUGCGCGCGCGGAGCGUAUGUUUGUGUUUACAAGUGUUUGAACGAGCGUCACAAACGAGGGAAGAAGGAGGAUACAGCCCAGGGAGAAGGGAUGGUGGACAACUCCAACAGUAGUAAGGCACAAAUGCCCAGCAUGUCUCAAGAUCCUGGUGUAGCCUUUCCUCAAAGCACCUCUACAGGGGGAAUGAAGCUGGAAGCAGUAAUGGAGCAACUCCAACGCCAACAGCAGGCCCGACUGGAAAUGGAGCGCAAGGAGAGGAAACUCAGAGAGGCUCACAUCAUGUAUGCUCAGCAGGUUGCUGCCCAGCAGGCAAUUCUGGCAGCCGCCCGGGCUUCCGGGGCCAGCUUCAUGGGCAAAAGCCUGGCUGGGGGUAUCCCUGGUGGCGGGUUACCACCCCGGGUUUCCAAUCAGAGCAGUGUAGACUCAGAAAGAGAGGAUGAUGAGGACAGAGGCAGGGAUUCUGGGGAUGACGAUGAUGACAAUGAGAUGAUGGAGGGAGAUGAGGGCAGUGAUGAGGACGAGGGAAGUGCCAGUGGUCUGGAGUUCCUCCGCAAGCAGACCCUUGCUUUGCAACAGAGUGCCUCCCGCAUCCCGGCUCGUCCAUUUGGCAGUUACUCAGCUUCAGCCCCUCAGAGGGCUGCAUCGCCACCUAUCAGAGUGAAGCAGGAACCUGACGAGGGCCUGUCUCCUGCAGGGCCUCACUCUGCUGCCUCACCUAAUGGACAGGCGGACUGGGGCUUUGAAGAUCACUUCAGACAGAAUGGGAGUGCAGGCUGGGCAGAUGAGGCUGACAGUAGCAGAGGGAGAGGAGAGGCCUCCAGAGACUUUGCAAAGUUGUAUGAGCUCGACAGUGACCCCAAAAGGAAGGAGUUUUUGGAUGAUCUCUUCACCUUCAUGCAGAAAAGAGGAACCCCUGUCAAUCGUAUCCCCAUCAUGGCCAAGCAGGUCCUGGACCUGUACAUGCUGUACAAGCUGGUGACAGAAAAGGGGGGACUGGUGGAGGUCAUCAACAAGAAGAUCUGGAGAGAAAUCACAAAGGGACUCAACCUGCCUACCUCUAUCACCAGUGCAGCUUUCACCCUGCGCACACAGUACAUGAAAUACCUAUACCCCUACGAGUGUGAGAGGAAAGGCCUCAGUUCACCGAGUGAGCUCCAGGCUGCCAUCGACAGUAACAGACGCGAGGGUCGUCGUCCGAGCUACAGCAGCAGCCUCUUCCGCUUCUCUCCUUCUCCCAGCACAGCUCCUCACAUCCUUUCUCCACCCAAGAUGCACCUUUCGGCUCUGGGAGUGGGUGCAUCGGUGGCCCUCAAUGGCCUACAUGCUUCACCAGGACCUUCUCUGAAAAAAGAAGACCUGACCCCCUCCCUCAUGGCAACCAGGCCCUCCAUGGCACUGGCUCUGGGUCAGCAGCAGGUUGCUGGUUUGGCUAGAGCCGCCACACUGGAGCAGUUGAGAGAAAAGCUGGAGACCGGCGGCGGAGGAGAGGGACCGGAGAGGAAGAUGGCACGUCUGGCAGAAGAACAGCAGCGCCUGAUGCAGCAGGCUUUCCAGCACAACCUGCUGGCCAUGGCCUCCCAAAUGCCUAUGAAUCUGCGCCUGGGAGCGCCCACCAUCACCACCAGAGAGGAGAAGCAGCAGGAUAUGUCUCUGAGCAUCUCGACUAAUGGAAAUGCCAGCAUCACUGUCUCAGUGGAGGUUAAUGGCACGGUCUAUUCAGGAACCCUGUUUGCCCACAAGUCUGGUGGGGCCCCGGGGCCUGCUGUGUCGGCCGCUGCUGCUUCAGCCUCCCCUGCUGGCACCAGCACUAGCUUUGGUUUCUCUGCACCCAUGGCUCAGACCCUCAGCCCUACAUCCUCCUCCUCCUCCAAGGGUCCUGGUUCGGCUGAGCCUGUCCCCAGUGGGUCACCCUGACUCACGCUGCCCUAUGCUCCUGCUCCACAGGCCUCUCUUCCCCCGGGAGACCCCGCAUGAAUAUACAGUACAAUGAGAAACCAAUAAGAAUAACAAACUGUUGCACAACAAAUACCUCAUCAACCCUGUCAACGUCUUGGCUGUCCAAUCAUGAACACAGAGCCUGAGAAUAUUAUAUGAUAACUUGUGCCCAAAUGCACAGCUAUGCAUUUUAUUCAACACACACACUACAAACACACACACACACACACACACACACACAUGCAUACAUACACAGCCACACAAUCCAUGCACAUUUGUUAAUCCUAAUGUACAUGCUAAACACAAUCAGCUCAGCCAAAACCCACUGACAGGUGUAGUCACAACUGAACUUGAAAAGUUUUACCUUAGAACGUUGUUUGUUUGUUUGUUGCCAUUUUGUUGUCUUUUUUUUUGA